UGUGCUGCUGGUUCUCAGUCGUUCACUUUGUGUGUCUCGUCUCAAUGCUAUUCCCCUGCAGGGCAGUCUGGUGGAUUACCUGCGGUCUAGAGGGAGGUCUGUGCUGGGUGCAGACUGUCUGCUGAAGUUCUCGCUCGACGUGUGCGAAGCCAUGGAAUACCUGGAGGCCAACAACUUUGUCCACCGAGACCUGGCGGCACGCAAUGUCCUCGUCUCUGAGGACAACAUCGCCAAAGUGAGCGACUUUGGACUGACCAAAGAGGCCUCUUCCAUCCAGGACAUGGGCAAGCUGCCCGUCAAGUGGACAUCCCCGGAGGCACUGCGGGAAAAGAAAUUCUCCACAAAGUCUGACGUGUGGAGCUAUGGAAUUCUUCUGUGGGAGAUCUACUCCUUCGGCCGAGUGCCUUACCCCAGGAUUGCCCUCAAGGACGUGGUCCCACGGGUGGAGAAGGGCUAUAAGAUGGAUGCUCCAGAUGGCUGCUCCCCCGUGGUGUACGACAUCAUGAAGCAGUGUUGGAUCCUGGACCCGCUGGUCCGGCCCAGCUUUCGAGUCCUGAGGGAGAAGAUGCAGCACAUCCAGGCCAAGGAGCUGUACCUGUGAGGUGGGAGCCAGAGCGAGAGGGAGGGGGGGG